CAUUGUUAAUAUAAUAUUCACACUAAUAAACGCUUAUUGAGCUAAGUGUCAUUAACGGAAGUAGCUGGUUUUAUUUUGAAAGUAUCUCCGCGUCAGUUCGUCCUCACUUCUGGUCACUUGACGCGGACGUCGCUCCGCUUCACGCUGUGAACUGAAACUUGCUGAUCUCACGUCACUUUAUAAAAGCGCUCUAACGGAGCUCUGUGCUUCAUUUCUCCCGGUGUUCGGUAACGGAGAGUGGCGGACUCAGCUGCACGAUGUCCGGCCACGGUCACGGUCACGGCUGCGGGUGUGAGGGCGAGCACGAGCCCGCAGAGAGGGGCCUGGAGUACGGACUCUACCGGCGGAUCGACCUGGACAAGCUGCAGUGUCUGAACGAGAGCCGGGACGGAGACGGGAGGCUGGUGUUCAAGCCCUGGGACCAGCGGAACGACCGGGAGAAGUUUGUGGAGAGCGAUGCAGAUGAAGAGCUGCUGUUCAACAUCCCUUUCACCGGCAGCGUGAAGCUAAAAGGAAUCAUCAUCUCUGGAGAAGACGACGAAUCUCAUCCUGCUGAGAUCAGACUAUACAAGAACAUCCCUCAGAUGUCGUUUGAUGACACCGGCAGAGAACCUGAGCAGGCCUUCAGGCUCAACAGAGACCCUUUGGCUCAGUUGGAGUAUCCCACAAAAAUCGCCCGUUUUUCCAGCGUUCACCAUCUUUCCAUCCACAUCUCCAGGAACUUUGGAGCAGAGAGCACCAGGGUUUAUUUCAUCGGCCUCAGAGGAGAAUACUCAGAGGCUCACAGACACGAGGUGACGAUCUGUAACUACGAGGCGGCGGCCAACCCUGCAGAUCACAAACUGGAGAGCAUCAUCCCCCAAACCAACUUCAUCUCCUGAGAGCUGCACCGAGUUGGAAGGAGGAAGAGGAGGAUGACGAGGAUGAGGAGAGGUUUCACUGGCGUCUGAUGACUGUCGUAAAGAUUCGGUUCAACGCUGCGAACGGCAGGUUGGUCGAAGUCGAGCGAGAGAUCUGAAGAGCCGAGAGCUUCAGAGUGAUGGAAGUGCAGAGCUGUCUCUGUUUAUGUGGCAAUAAAGGGUGAAGGCUGAAUGUGGGCUUCAUAAUAAAUGCAUGAAACAUUUGACACUCAGAUAAAGUCUGCUGUUCUCACUUUAAUCUGUCUAGUAAAGAUUCCAGCAUUUCAAAAUAAAGUGACGGCUGCUAUUAACCAUCUGAACCCCAAAACCAGCCGGCGGGUUUGAAAGAAAAAAAAUCACCCAAAUUACACCAUUUAUCAGAACCAGAAACUGUAAAAACAGUUAGAAUCUUUAGAUUUCCUGCUUUCUAUGAAUCCUUGAACUACUCAUCUGUGAUGUGUGGAAACUUCACCAAGUCUAAGCUUUAAAUCAGGAUGUCUUUUUGUUCUACAUGUCUCUUUAAAAAUUCAUUAAAAAUCUAAUGUCUGCUUGAGCCAGAAUUUGUAAAAAAAAUAAAAUAAAAUUCUGCUCUCCUCAAUGCAACCAUGAAGCUAUUAGUGACUCUGCUGCGACCAACAGUCACAUGACAAAAAUUCCGGUAACUUUCGACGGAACUGCAGGCAGUGUUUAUUCUAUACACCUCAUUUAAAAAUUCAGCAGAAAUAAAACAUUUGCUUGAAUCAGAAUUUGUCAAAUCCGAAAAAUUCUGCUCUCCUCAAUGCAACCGUGAAGCUAUCAGUGACUCUGCUGCGACAAACAGUCAUACGACAACAAUUCUGGUAAUUUUCGACUGAACUGCAGGCCGUGUUUACACAGAACUAAUAGAAAUUAAGUAUGGAAAGCAGUUAAAUAUAUGAGUUGUAAAAUAUCUGCAGUAUGUAGAGACACAGAUUUCUUUUCCAGGACUGGUAACACCUGUGUACACACAAAAAUGAUGUAUGCGUUGAUUACAUUUUCUUCAUUUUUUGCAAAAUAAAUAAUCAGUAAAUUAAUUUCUACUUUUUUUUUCAUUUUUAUUUUUUUACAUUAUAACUCUGUCAUACAGCACAGAACACUGAGUUCUCUCUCCUUUUUCAUGUUUGUUCUGUUUCCACAGAAGUGCAGGAUUUUAUAUUGUAGUAAAAAAUGAACCCACAGUGAGAAAAAAAUGUGACAAAUAAGAAGAAGCUGUUUGGGGUUCAGGGGGUUCAAAUUACACAUUAAAGGCUUUGAAUGGAAACCACACAGUGACAGACGUUUGUUGUUAUUUUACAUCAUGCAUUCUUAAUGAGCGUCACACAAUGACAACAUUAUUUUGCUUGAGUUGCUGCUUCAGUAUGUAAAAAAUCCAGACAUAAAUACAGAUUUGGAGCCAUUGUUGCUGCUUGAGAUGCUUAUUUUCUGCCACCCAGUGGAUCGUUUUGUGACUGCGUUCAUCUUUGAGCAGUAACUGGGUUGCUCUUUGUUUUUUUGUGUUUCUGUUUUUUCAGUUUAUCUCUGUGAUGGGAUGAAUUCCCAGCAGCUUUUUGAUGGUUUAACCCAGUUAUUAAAGUACAAUAUUUGUAAUCUGAGUGGGAGGAAUUUCCAGUGAGGAAAUAAAGCUGUUGUGUUUUAUUUACGGCAAGAUAAAACGGGCUGUGAGCUCCAUAAUAAAACAAAUGUGUCACUUCCACUUUGCUUGUUUCCAGAGCUGCUGAGCAAAUAGUUCCUGCUGUAAUCUCAUUAAAAAGCGCUGCAUCUCUUCCACAUGUUCCUUUUUCUCUGCAAAGCUGUUAUGUCAUUCUUGAUUUCUCUGCAUCACAAAUCCAGUUUACCAUCAGUGGCAGUGACUCAUUUACAGGAACGUGCAGCUGAAUGUGGGAGACGUUUGGAAUGUUUAAAGACGAACUGGAAUAGAUAUAAAGAUAAUGAAGCUAAUCAGUUUUAUUUGAAAAUGCUCUGAUGUUUUUUGUUUUCUUUAUUGUUAAUCAUCUGGGAGAUAUUUUGCAGUUUUUGUUUCAUUAUUCAGCUUUUAAAACUUGUACCACUCCAACAUAUUGUGAAAAUAAAGAGAAGCAAACGA